AUGUCUCAACAUAUUUCAAUGGGCGAACCGAAUCAAGCAACUGAUAGUGUUGUUGCUACUCCCAGAGCAUCUAAUGAUGGGAGCAUAUUUUGGGUAACUCCUACUCAAUUUAAUCCCCAAACAGGUACAUAUCAAACUCAUUAUUAUGCCAAUGAUUUAGUAAGAUCGGGAACAAUUAGUGUAGGAACGCCUACAUGGAAGAAUUCAUCAGUUCCUCGUCCGACUACGAAUUUUGGAAGGCCAGUAGCAGCCCCAAUCUUAAUUCCUCCACCAAGUCGUAAUUUAGCUAAUUUUGAGGAUCCUGUAGUUCGUAUGCCGGAAGGAAUAAGAGGACUAGGUGAUGAAGAUGAUGAUAAUCAAAGUGUUGUUGAUAUAAAGCAAUUAGGAAGAAACUAUGAUUCUGAUUCAGAAAAUGGUGACAAUGGAAAUCGUGCAAAGAGUGUAGUGGAUGUUGUUGUUGCCCUAGGGCAUGUGUUAGUUAAAGACUUACAGAAAGCUGUUCCUACCAUAACUCAGAAUGGAAAUGCACUAUUUGAAAGUUGUCUAGCUGCUCCUAGUGCAAAUAAUGAAAUGAUAUUUUCUUCUCCUAUCCAUUCUAAUAAUUCUAGGAAGCAUCAAAAAAUAUUAGCUAAGCCUCAUUUAUUACCUUAUGGUUUAACAUUACAAGAAGCUCCAGCUAAUAGUACUAUGAGUUUAGAUACUUAUAUGUCUCAAGGACUAUCUGCUUCUACAUUAGAAAGUGAUAUGUUCUACGAUCAAAGCAGAUAUCCACCAUUAAAUUUUAUAUUAUAUGAUAAUUUAGCUGGAAAUUUAUUCUUAGAUGAUCAGAUUAUGAAGAAAUUAGUAGUGGAAUUUGGAGAUUCUCCUUUGUGCUUUAUUAGUUUAAUAGACUGUCCUGACAAGCUAUUUAAAGAUUUUCUUUUAGCUCCAGAUCCCAAUAUUGUAGAAGAUAAUUUAAAUAGUCCAAAAAAUUUGGAAACAAGAAAAUCUAAUGAACAAAAUAUAUGUAAAAUUGUUAACUUGUAUUAUUGGUAUAGGGAUGAAGAAUUUAUUUAUAUUUUAUUAGAUUUCAAUUUAGAUAAAAUUCCUAAAUAUCAUGAUAUAUUAGUACUAUUUGCUAAUAUGAUUUCUUCUUGUAUAAUAUUUAAUAAUAAAGGAAUAAUAAAUCAGAGUUCCUUACUAAGUUUGAAGGUAAUUAAUGAUUUGCAACAAGGAAUAGUCAUUAGACAAAAUACCUUAAUUGAUAAACUCUUAAAUCCUGACGAAUCUCAUGAAAUUAAUUCUAAUGGAACUCCUAGCCAUCUCAAUAUUCAAAAAGAUAGUAAUACAAAUCCUUUACUAUUACUUACACCAAGAUUUAAACCAAAUAUGAAUUUCGAUUAUCAAAAUAAUAGAAAUAAUGAAAAUAAGGAUUUCAGUGGAAAUCAGAAUUCUGGGGAACGAGGAAUAGAUCAUUUAAAUUUGUCUAUUAAUGAAACUCCACGAAGAAAUCUUUUAUGUACACUUAAAACUAAUCCAAGGCCUUCAUUUAUUUGGUUAUUACAUGAUUUCAACUAUAUUUUAUAUGACAAUAAUGUUAUAUGGAGUAGUGUAGACUACUUAGAAACUUUGCUUAAUGAAUUAGGAUGUGGUUAUGAAUGUCCUGAAGAUCAGAUAAAAUAUUUUGAAAUGUUAAAGACAAAUAUUAGAUCAUUUUAUAGUAUGAAAGAAUGUCAUGUAUUAGCAUCUCCUUUCAAAGAUUCUAAGAAGGUUUCAUCUCAAAAAUUAGGAAAUGAUUAUGUUAGACAAGUAUUAUUCAUAAGGCAGAGAAUUUUAGGAUUGAGCAGGAAUCAAGCUUUGAGGCAUAAACUAGGACAAUAUAAUUCUUCAGGGACUAUAAAUAGAUAUACAUCAGUAUUUUUUGAGAUCUUGAAGAAAAAUUCACAGACUAAUAUUGCAGAUAUUAAUGUUGAUAUUCAAAAUACUCUAUGUAGUAAUAUAUUAACUGAAAUCAAUGAGUAUUUUAUAUCAGAACUCAGAAGAGAAAUAAAUGAUAUAUUACCGAUCAAAGAUACUAAUAUAAAAGAUAAAAUGAAUGAGAUAGAAUCUAAAUGUAUGCAUUUAUACAAGGAGCAUACAAGUACACUGAUAGAUACUGACAUAUAUAUUGAUCAUAAAAUAAAAUUAAAGAAUCAAAUAAAGAUUUGUGAGGAUAAAGCUAUUAAUGAGAACCACAAUAUUGGAAUUAAAUAUUGCAAUAGCUAUAUAGAGGAAAUUACUGAUAAAGUAAUUACUGAAAAAUUGAACUCAAACAAGAAGAUAAUGUCUAUGGCUUCAAGAAAUAAAAACAAUGAUAAUACUAAUUUUUACUCUUUGAUUGAAUUAGAGUAUGAUUUAGAAGAACUAUAUAAAACUAUCAGUAUGAACUUAUCUGAUAAACUGUCUACUGAAAUCAUAUUAGAUUGCUUUUUAAAACAUGCAAAUGAGAUCAGACACCAGUGGUAUAAAAUAUCAGAAGGUUAUACGACUGAUUCAGACACAAAUAGACAAGUAAUUGCUUCUAAAUUAAAUGGUCAAACUGAUCUAACUAAAAAAUUAGAAACACCAGAAAUAUUAGCUAAUAGAUUGAAUACUUGUUUAGAUGAUUUAUAUACAGAGUAUAAUAGUUUAAAUAUAAUGCAAAAGAAGGAGUUACUAGAGGAUAUAUUAUUAGAAGCAACUAAAAAGAAAGAUAGAUUAAGCGAUCUUUAUUCAGCUAAAGAUUUAUGUGGUAUUGAUUAUAUUAUUAACACUGUACAAGAUAAAUUAGAUGAAGUUAAUAUAGAGAGACAGAAUAUACUUGAUAAUGAAGAGUUACAAAGACAAUUUAUUUUAAAAAAUAAGCAGAGUAAAUGGAGAAAAUUAUUUCCAUGUUUUUACAAAAAUUCUACAUAUGAAAAUACUACAAUGAACAACACAAGUUCAUUAUAUUGA